ACCCCUCCUGCUCACGCUCUUGUGUCUCUCUCAAAAAUAACCAAACGUUAAGAAAAGAAGGAGAAAAUCAAGAUCAGACGGGUUUCAGGUCACCAGGACCACCAGUAGGUUCUGUGGUUCUGAGUGGGCUCACAGGAUUCAACAGUCAGUCCUGCUUGUGGCCAGGGUUUAUCCGGUGACAGGGCACACAGCACAGUCAGCCGAGGGACAGGCACAUGGGACAAUGUCGGGAGGAAUCCAGGCACACCCUUCCAAGAGCGCCUUCCCAGUGCAGUGACCCAGGACAUGCUUAAUCCCCCAGCUUGAGUGACAGCAGCACAUGUGAAGUGUCGUCCACCAGAAAAGCUCAUCAGGGCCCAGUCACAGAGGCACCGUCUGCCUGGUACAUCCCAGAAUUGCAGACCCCCAGAGGAAAGCAAGGGUUCCGUAUAAACCACAUGGUUUCUACAUUUUAAGAGCAGUGAGCCGCCUUGUCAGGGAGUGGCGGGGACCCUCCGGAAGUCCAGCCAAGGGCCAAGAAAUUUCAAACCUGCUCCAUUAGCUCUUUUCUGCAUAAGGGAUGCAUAACUUUCCGGGCUUUUUCUUUCUGUUUCUCUGUGUUUCCUGUUUCUAUUGAUGUGUUACGGUUAUUCUGUGUCUGUGUGUAUCUGUAUACGCAUACAUAUGUUCAUAUAUAAAAUACUGCAACUGUAUUAUUCUGUUUUGGUAGACUGAUUUUUCUGCUGCCAAUAUCUCCGAAGUAGUCCUGUCUUUUAAGGAUUUCUCCCAACUUAGCAUUUCAUGAACAUUUACUCUUUUACAUCGUACUCGAUGCAGUCAGCUUUUCUGGACUCAGUGCUGAACGUGGUGGCCUUUCCUUCACUGUAUCCACCUGUCGUGUCUUGACCAACCUCACCCCAUCUAGAGGCCAGAACAGAUUUGAGGGCACGGGAUCCACACAGGGUUACCUUCAGCCCUGACACCAACCCAAGUUCAGGACUUUCCCGAAAUGACUUUCAGGUUCAAUAAAUCAGGACUGGAAGCAUUCCUAGGAUUCACUGAGAACUGUCUCAUAGUUACAGUUAAUUACAGGGGAAGGAUGCAGAUUAACAAGCUUCCAGUGUCCAGUGUCCUCUCCCCAUGGAGUUAGGACUGGAUUCCCUGUCACAGGGACGUAGGACAGUAUGCAUAGAGUAUUGCCAAACACCCAGAGUUUUCACAGGCCUGGUUGGUUGACUGAAUGAUUGAUCAUCCAGGCAUGAUUGACUAAUUGUCUCCAUGCUAAUCUCAUUAUCAGAUCAUGACCCAAAGCACCCACCCCGAAUAUCCUGGGUUGGCCUUUCUUGUGUAGCCAGUUCCUGCCCUAAGACUAGUUGGGUAUAACCAGAGGCACCAAAACAAAGACACUCUCAUCAGGUGUGAUGUAGGUCACCUCUUGGAAGUUGAGGGCAGGGGUACCUGGGUGGCUCAGUAGGUUGAGCACCCGACUCUUAAUUUCACUCAGGUCAUGAUCCCAGGGUCGUGGGAUCGAGCCCUGAGUUGGGCUCUGUGAUGAGCAUUGAGCUUGCUUAAGAUACUUUCUCUCACUCUGCCCCCCUCCCCAGCUCUUGUCCUCUCUCACUGUUUAAAAAAAAAAAAAAAAAAAGUUGAGAGCAAAAGAGAAAGAAGAAUGAGAGCUUGCCAUUUGCAACAAAAUAGAUGCACCUAAAGAGUUUUAAGUGAAGUAAGAGAAAGAUAAAUAUCAUAUGAUUUCACUUAUAUGUGGAAUCUAAAUAAAACAAAUGAACAAACUAAGACAGAAACAAACCCAUAAAUGCAGAACACCAACAAGCAUGGUUGCUGGAAGGGACGGGGGGGGGGGGGGGUGGGUGGGCAGGUACAGGCCUCCAGCCCUGGAGAGAGUCACAGGGAUGAGAGGGACAGCAUAGGGAACACAGCGGCAUUGUAACAAGUGUAACAGGGCCGCUACACUUGUGUGCACAGCGUGAGAUACAGACUUGCGUAUUCCUGACACUAACACGACACUGUCCGUGCGCUGCAGUUGAAAAAAUGAUGUUGAGGGCCGCCUGGCUGUCUCAGUCAUUGGAGCGUGCGACUCUUGAUCUGGGGGUCGUUGAGUUCAUACCCACGCUGUGGGUAGAGAUUACUUAAAAAAAUAAAAAUUUAAAAAGUAAAAGAGUUAUCUUGAGAAAUGACAGCUGAGAGUAGGUCUGACUUCAAGGCAAAACCAUAACUACAAGCCGCUCUAAUGUGUGUGUGCAGCUGGGUUUCUGGGGGUUUCGGGGAGAGCGAUUUCCCUUUUUGCGCAGACUCCUCUGUAUCCUCUCCGGAUGUGUCAUGUUGAUAUGUGCAUAUUGUGGGAGAGGAAUGCGGGGGCGGGGCUUGGAAACAAAGAGGAGCAGGAAGGUUGUAUGUCGGCAUUUGGGGACCAAGGUGCACUUGUUUUAAUGCCUCUUUUUUUCUCGUAUAUCUCUGGCUUCUCUGGAUUUUGUGUCUUUGGUAAAAGAAACCCCAAGAGGACUGAUCAGUUCUUGAUUCUAAAACUAUGGCCCACGCCGAGAAAAGGGAACGUUCACGUUGUCUGGUCAGUGUCAGUGUGCGGUGAGAGCUCGAGCUCCAGGAGGCUUUUGGAGUCGGAUAGGGCUGUGCUUAGGGCCUGAGGGGCCGUGGUGUUACCAGGGGACCCAGGAGAUGCAUUGUGUUGUCGAGGAAACCUGCCAGACCCACACUCCCAUCCACAUGAAUCUGCACCAGUAUCCUAAGUCAGGAACGGGGAAAAGGCAGGGGUGGUGGGUGGCGAGGGGUAAGAAGGUCACCCAGUACAGAAGUCCCGGAUGAUCAUCUACUCCCAGAAUUGGGGAAAACCCCGGUUGUCUGGUUAUACCUAGGUGUACAGCUGUAGUAAAUUUAAUCUGUUCCCACCAGAGAAUAAGAAAAUGCUGCUCAUUACGUAGGAAGACUGCUUAAAGUCUUGGCAAAUGAUGAGCAUGAGGCUUGAGAACAUUCCGACACAUGAGCUCUAGUUUCGAAGGUAAAAGAGCUCACAUUUCGGAGACAAAACCCUAGGCAUUUUCCUUCCCUUGGAGGAUGGAAAGGGUGCCCCAGGAAUCCACAGUUGCUGAGAUAUUAUGGGGCAGGCACUCAGGAGGAGCCCCAGGAUUGACAGGUUGGAGUAAGGAGGCAUCCCACAGGCCGUGGGUUUUCUCUUCAGUCGCCCGGCCCUGCUGCGGUCACAGCCCCCACCGCGUCCUGUCCGUGUCCAGCCCGACCCAGCACAGAGCCCUUUCUGGCCUGUCUUUCAUCUUGAGCCUGUGCUCCCUCAUCUCAUCAGGGACGUGUGGGUUUGUGUUCUCAGGGUCUGGUGACGUUCUCAGAUGUAGCCAUCGACUUCUCGCAGGAGGAGUGGGCGUGCCUGGACUCCUCGCAGAGGGACCUGUACUGGGACGUGAUGCUGGAGAACUACAGCAACCUGGUGUCCCUGGAUUUGGAGUCACCAUAUGGGACCAAGAGUUUACCUACAGAAAAGGGCAUUUACGAAAUAAAUUUAUCCAGAUGGAACUCAAAUGGAAAAAGUAAAUCCCUGGGCCUUAACUGGAUGUGUGAAGGUGAGUUUGAAAGAUCACAGGGCCCUCAGCAGGGCUGUUUGAAUCAAGUGAUAACCAACCAUGAGAAAACGCCCACUUGUAGAGAAAAUACCUCUGGUAGACCACACCAGAGACCUCAUGCUAGGGAGAAUUCCUAUGAAUGUAAGGAAUGCGGGAAGGCCUUUAGUCGUGGCUACCAGCUCACUCAGCAUCAGAAAAUUCACACGGGGGAGAAACCCUACGAAUGUAAAGAAUGCAAAAAGGCCUUUCGUUGGGGCAAUCAACUCACGCAACACCAGAAAAUCCACACAGGGGAGAAACCCUAUGAAUGUAAGGACUGCGGGAAGGCCUUCCGCUGGGGCUCGAGCCUGGUCAUUCAUAAGAGGAUCCACACGGGUGAGAAGCCCUACGAGUGUAAGGACUGCGGGAAGGCCUUUAGACGUGGUGACGAGCUCACCCAGCAUCAGAGGUUUCACACGGGGGAGAAGGACUACGAGUGCAAAGACUGCGGGAAGACCUUCAGCCGUGUGUAUAAACUGAUCCAGCACAAGCGAAUUCACAGCGGCGAGAAGCCCUACGAGUGUAAGGACUGUGGGAAGGCCUUCAUCUGCGGCUCGAGCCUCGUCCAGCACAAGAGGAUCCACACUGGCGAGAAGCCCUACGAGUGCCAGGAGUGCGGGAAGGCCUUCACGCGAGUCAACUACCUCACUCAGCAUCAGAAGAUCCACACCGGUGAGAAACCACAUGAGUGCAAGGAGUGCGGGAAGGCCUUCCGCUGGGGCUCGAGCCUCGUGAAGCACGAGAGGAUUCACACGGGUGAGAAGCCUUACAAGUGCACAGAAUGUGGGAAGGCCUUUAACUGUGGCUACCACCUCACGCAGCACGAGCGGAUCCACACGGGCGAGACGCCUUACAAAUGUAGGGAGUGCGGGAAGGCCUUCAUCUACGGGUCGAGCCUUGUGAAACAUGAGAGGAUUCACACAGGGGAGAAGCCCUACGAAUGUAAAGAGUGCGGGAAGGCCUUCAGUCACGGCCAUCAGCUUACGCAGCAUCAGAAGAUUCACACGGGUGAGAAGCCCUUUGAAGAUAAGGAGUGUGGGAAGGGGUGUCACCAUGUGAACCAUCUUCGAGAACAUGAGAGAAUUCACACUGCUGGAAAACCUCUUGAACACAAAGAACAUGCAGAAACUUCCAUCCCACAUUCCUUCCUUCCACAACACAAGGAAAACCCAUGAUACGAUUUAACACGAGAAAGCCUUCACCAGACACCCUUCUGCUCACAGGACCUCAGAGGAGUCAUGCUUGAGGCAGAUUUGGAGAAUGGAGAAAUCACUUUUUCUUAGUGAUCACCGUAUACCCUGUGUAGACUUUUUUUUUUUUUUUUUUUACUGAAUUGGUUAGUGCAGUGAGUGGAUAGAAGCCUCCUAGUACCACUCGAUGUCUGUCUCAUUUCAGACUUGUUCUGGGGAAUAACUCUGCCAAUGUAACAUAUGCGGGAGAGCCUCCCACCAUGGUACACUCCCUCCCCAUUAUCGUCACCAUCCCACUGCUUUACUCCCUGUGAUUCACUGGGGAAGUGACCUGGUACCCCCUGUGCGUUAUGUGUGGAAUGGGGAUAAUUACACCUAAUCCUGCUGUUGUGGUGACUGCGUCUGGUACUUGUAAACUCUUUGAAAGUGUAUCUGGAAUAUCACAUAAGCUCAAUAAAUAUUAGCUGUUGUUGUUCUUACCAUCAUUA